UCCCGUAUUCAAAAAACCGUGGAUGGGAUCAGGUCUCUCUCACAACCACCGGAGCAGCGUCGCGCCUCAGCAGCAGCCGUCGUCGGCCCGCGUCAUCGCCGCCGACGGCUCGCUGACGGAGUUCGUCGUCUCCUCGCCUGUCAGCGUCUCCGACGUCCUCGGCGGCAAUGCGAGCGGCCCCUUCUUCCUGUGCAGCUCCGACGCGCUCUACUUCGACGAGGACGUGCCGGCGCUCGGCGGCGGCGAGCUGCUCCGUCCCGGCGAGCUGCUCCCCGUCACGAUGCUCGGGCGGCCCCUGUCGAGCGCCGACAUGGCGGCCAUGGCGGUGCGGGCGAGCGAGGCGCUGGCGGCGAGAGCGCGGCCGCGUGGGCGCGGCGCCGGCAUCAGGAAGGUGCGCGUCACGCCGGUGCACGCCGAGGGCGGGCGCGGCGACGUGGACGCCCAGGUCAACGCGAAGCUGAACGAGAGGACCCUCGGGGAGUACUCUGCGACUGCUUCGACUAGCCCGGCGAAAAUUGGCAAGAAGGCUGCCGUGGCGGCAUUUCCGCCGGCGAGGAAGGCGCUUAAGACGCUGAGCACCAUAGAAGAAGAUGCGGAGUGACGGAAUGCUCCUAAGAACAUCGCCAAGCGACGUCGAGUGAUAAAAAUGGAAGGAAAUUAAAAGAUUUUGUGACAGGAUAUUUUUUAUUCUUUUCGUAUUAACCAUUUCUUUGAAAAGUGGUGUUGGUGAGGAAAAUUCAAAAUGGUAGGAGUAUUAGAUAAGAAUGUCGUUUGGUUAAUUUGCCAUUGUACAUGUACUACCUCUUAUAUUAUAG